CUAAAUAAGUAGUCAGUCUUAUUGUUAGUCCAUGAGUGAAUUCACGUAUGUUUCUAAAAUCUAUAAAAAUUUAGCUAAAUAAUUUCGCUUUAAAAACCUACUACAAAACGAAACAAGGGUAUCAACAAGAAACUAUGUAAAGUAGUUUGCAGUUAAUAAUUAGCAGUUAAUUAGAUUAUGAGACACUUCGUGGCAAGUACAAAUCAGUCGGCGCGUUGUAUUUAAGUUUCACUACUGUUUGCUUUCUCGAGCGGAAAAGCAAAGACAACAUUUGUCUUUUAUCCCGUCCGUGGUGAGGAAUUGUUGCGGAUAAGUGGAUAAGUCCCAUUAAAUUUAAUCGUAGAAAUAGACAUUUGAGCCAUGAUUUUCUGACGUUGCAAGAAAUAUAAAUAACGAGAUGCCUCUAACUGUUGCCUCGGUGCUGGGCUUCAUCCCCAACACAAUCUGGUCCCCAUUAAAGAAGUUCCUCACAAAGGAUGGCGUAGUGACGUUUGACCUGGCCUUCAAAAUUUCGACAAAGUACACUCCUGCCCUUCUCAUCGUGGGAGUCUGCCUCUCCUUUGCCAACCAGUUUGUUAGGAAUUUGGAAAUUGAUUGCGUGACGGAGAGGACCGGCGGGAGCAAUGGGGUUCUCCGUCCCGGCGGCAGUGUUAAUUCCGACCUCAACGACUACUGCUGGAACCACGACACGUUUCUUGUGGUUAAGGCGUUGGAACCGGAAAUGCAAGGAGAAAUUAGCUACCCAGGUGUCUCUGGUUAUCGAAAAGAUCGCGACAGAGUAAUUCAACAACGAUACUAUAAAUUUGUUUGGAUGAUUCUCGUGAAAAUGGCUGUGUUUUCGUUUCUGCCGUAUUUCUUUUGGAGGGUGCGAGGAGAUACGAAGAUCAAACCACUUUUGGAUAUAUCAUCCGUCUCUGACGAUAUCACGGAGCACGAUAUUCGAGUCAAAUACUUUUUAGACACUGUUGGUUUUAAUGAGACCUUUGGAAUUUAUUACGCCUUCUGCAAGCUACUCGCCACCCUGACACCAGUUGGGGAAUACUUUUACCUUUGCGGAAUUAUUGGCCCACGCUACAAAUACUAUGGGGUCCAAGUUUUUACUCACUUUUUGGACGAGACCGCUCCCUGGCCAAAUCCGAUGGAUGUUCUGUUCCCCAAGAUGGCAAAGUGCAACUGGAUAGUUUAUGGCUUCGGAGGAGAUUCUGAAGUUAAGUCGGCCAUUUGUCAGCUCCCAAUGAACAAUCUUACCCAAUGGUCAUUCUUUGUAUUCUGGUGGUGGAUGGCUUUCACCGUUGUGGUCAACAUACUAUCACUUUUGAGGCUCAGUUUAUUCAUGUGCGGCCUUUAUCGGAGAUACAGUUACAGAAGAUUUGUCGCGCUAGCAUGCAGAGACGAUGUGGAGAAGGGACGAAGUUACAGAGGGCAAGGAAAAGGGAAAUUGAAAAAGUUUAGCAAGUCGGACAUUAUCAUGGUGAAGUUAAGCUUUGGAGAUGUUUUGGUUCUUUCAUUCAUCAAGAGAAAUUUGCAAGAAUGGGAAUUUCGUGAACUGAUUAGAACCUUGGUAAUCACUAAAAAUCAUGUCCUGCAACUGAGACCUGUCGUUUCUAAGCCACUCAUGAAACCUCCUUCCCUCGGACGAAAUAAGCAAGAAGAAGAACCUCUGAAGAUGGGGUUUAUCAUGCCAAACUCGAUUGAGGAAGACACAUCUUGUAUUCAAAUUCCAACCGCAUCCAGCACCACACAAGCUUAUUCUGACCAGUCAACCGAAAUCAUAACUGAUGUACGAGGGGAGGACUCUGACUUUUCCGACCCUGCGCCACCACCAACACCAGGUUGGUCAAUAAAGAUUAAAGACCCUGUGAACGUGGAGAGACGAAGCAGCUCAACGGAUAAGGAAUCAAAUUCCAAAAAUAAAGCAAACGAUAAAACCAACACCAAGUCAUCAACCAGCUCGGCCAAAAAUGCAAAUAACAAGGUAGCCCCUGCUUACACUUCCACUCCGAAGAAUAAGCAGAAUAAUUUCGCGAGUGUAAAUCCUGUAAAUUAUAAUACCACCAAUACCAACGAUGACGAGGACUGGGGAUAAAAAGUGUUAAAUUAUUUGCUCAAAGUUGUUACCGAAAACACAAAUAUUUAAAAUUUACCAAACGAAGUAGAUUAUUUAUGUGAUCAUAUUUAGAAUAAUACUUUUCCUAUACAUAUGUUCUUGCUGUAUGUAACGGGAAAUGUACCUAAUCUUACAGAUAACAAUGACUUGCGUCACUAAAAUUUACCUAAUUUAAGAUAUGUACAUAUGUAGUAGUAUUACGUAUGUGUUCAGGUCGUGAUAAUUUUUCUAUCAGUUUUUUUUAUUCUUCAAUGGAAAUAGAGAAUAAUUAUAUAUCUAAUUUGCGAUGCCAAUAUAUGCUUCUGAAUGCGAAGUUUGGCAUUUAAAAUCUUGUUUUACAACCUGAAUCUCUUUGUUGGUGUUAAGUAGUUUUAUAUCCUUUUAUAUUGUUAGGUUAUCUCAUUUAUUUGUAUUUUCUAAAAUACUUUAAUAAAUUAUACUGAUGAGGCAAUCAAA